CAACGCUACACGGACUGAGACAGUGUUGAGCUCUCGAGAUAUAGAGCUCCGCCCGCCCUUUUCCUGUUCCCUCUCUUUGAAAUCAAAACCUUCCAUCAGACAGCCCCUUUUUUUGUCCAGCUUCCCUUUCUCUGUUCUGUUCAAAUUCUCUCUCUCGUUUUUUCUUUAUUUCGCUUUUAACUUGUAGCAUAAUCUUGGUUAGAAAGGAGAAAAGCUUCGCUCAAAUGUCGAAUUUCUUGACAGCGACGACGCUUGGAAAUCCAAAUCCAAACAAGUCUUUCGAGGUUUCGGAACCUCCUAAUGACUCUGUUUCAAGCCUCAGUUUCAGUCCUAAGGCUAAUUUUCUCGUGGCAACUUCUUGGGAUAACCAGGUGAGAUGUUGGGAGAUAAUGCGAAAUGGAGUAAAUGUUGCCAGCAUGCCUAAGGCAUCAAUAAUGCAUGACCAGCCGGUUUUAUGCUCAACUUGGAAAGAUGAUGGAAUGACUGUAUUCUCUGGUGGAUGUGACAAGCAAGUGAAAAUGUGGCCAUUGAUGUCUGGUGGCCAACCAAUGACUGUGGCCGUGCAUGAUGCACCCAUCAGUGAGAUGGCUUGGAUCCCUGAGAUGAGCCUAUUAGUCACAGGAAGCUGGGACAAAACAUUGAAGUAUUGGGAUACAAGGCAGUCAAAUCCGGUACAUGUUCAACAACUCCCUGAGCGCUGCUAUGCACUUACAGUGAAACAUCCUCUGAUGGUUGUUGGUACUGCAGAUAGAAACUUGAUUGUCUUCAACUUACAGAACCCACAGACUGAGUACAAGAGAAUUGUUUCGCCCUUGAAAUAUCAAACAAGGUGUGUUGCUGCCUUCCCAGAUCUCCAAGGCUUCUUGGUUGGAUCAAUAGAAGGACGGGUUGGUGUGCAUCAUUUGGAUGAUCAGCAACAAAGCAAAAAUUUUACUUUUAAAUGCCAUAGAGAGGGCAGUGAGACAUACUCAGUCAACUCUCUAAAUUUCCAUCCUGUGCAUCACACUUUUGCAACUGCUGGUUCUGAUGGAGCUUUCAAUUUCUGGGACAAGGAUAGCAAACAGAGACUGAAGGCCAUGUCCAGGUGUAGUCAGCCAAUUCCUUGCAGCACUUUCAACAGUGAUGGCUCCAUAUUUGCGUACUCGGUGUGUUAUGACUGGAGUAAGGGUGCAGAGAAUCAUAAUCCUGCAACAGCAAAGACAUACAUUUUCCUCCAUCUGCCACAGGAAUCUGAGGUUAAAAGCAAGCCUCGGAUCGGGACUAGCGGUAGAAAGUGAAGCUGAAGAAAACACCCAUUCAAAGUUGUUUUGCCUGUACAUAAAACAUUAAUCACUGUUAUCCACACUAGUAAAUGUAAAAAAUUAGGAUAGAUCCUUGUUGCCAGCAUAGAGCAUAGUUAAGGAAAAGACAAGAUUCAUUGUAGGUAGGUCUUUGAAUCACAUAUUUGAUCCGCAUGAGCUGAGUUGUAGAUCCCUGUGCAGAUAAGGUGUUACAUACUUCAUACUUUCCCCUGGUAUUUGACCGGCAGUUAACCAGAUGCCAUCUGCCCAGAUGUUGGAAAAAUUAUAUUAAAAUCUUUUGAGUACUUGGGAGAUUCAAA